CUCUGAUCUUCAUUUACAAUUUCACAACACAAAGUUUCGGUUUUUUUUACGACGCCAACCCCAGCAGUACGUGGGUAUUUCCACUGUCAAAGCCUCAAGUUCUUUCUUAUCCCAGCAAAAAACCCUAGCACCGGCGGCUUCUACGUCAUACCCUCUUGCCUCAGUCUCUCAAUCCUUGCACUCGGUCUCCCCAAGAGGCAUUGCAACGACGUCCUCUUACCCAGCAAUGGAAGGAGGCCCUGUUGAUGAAGCAGCGAAAGCUGUCUCGGACAUGUCCGUGGACGCUUCGCCUGGAGAAGAAAGUCAGAGCAAGAAUGCACGCAAGAAAGAGUUGAAGAACAAGCAGAGGGAGGAGGAGAGGCGGCGCAAGGAGGAGGAGAAGGCCAAGCUGGCUGCUGGCAAGGCAAGUUCCCAGUCUCAGAAAUCUGGAGCAGCUGAUGAUGAGGACAUGGAUCCAACACAAUACUUUCAAAACAGGCUGAAGUAUCUCGAGGCACAGAAGACAGAUGGGACAAACCCUUAUCCUCACAAGUUUCAAGUUACGAUGUCUAUCACUGAAUAUAUUGACCAUUAUGGGGGCUUAAACAAUGGAGAGCAUCUCGAGGAUGUCGCCAUAUCUUUAGCUGGUCGAAUCAUGAGCAAACGAUCUUCAUCUUCAAAGCUGUUUUUUUAUGAUUUGCAUGGGGGUGGAGCAAAAGUACAAGUCAUGGCUGAUGCUAGCAAAUCAGGUAUGGACGAUGCUGAGUUUUCAAGAUUCCAUUCCAACGUGAAGCGUGGUGAUAUUGUUGGCAUCAGUGGUUUUCCAGGAAAAACCAAAAGGGGUGAGCUAAGCAUAUUUCCCAAGUCUUUUAUAGUUUUGUCCCAUUGUCUUCACAUGAUGCCAAGGCAAAAAGCUGCUCCUGGUUCAGAAAAUGCAAAUGUGAAGAAAACAGAACUGUGGGUUCCAGGAAGUACCAGGAAUCCUGAAACCUAUAUUUUGAAAGAUCAGGAAACUCGAUACCGUCAGCGUUAUCUGGAUUUGGUGUUGAAUCUGGAGGUUAGGCAGAUAUUUAAGACUAGAGCCAAGGUCAUACAGUAUGUUAGGAAGUUCCUCGAUGAUCUUGACUUCUUGGAGGUUGAGACACCUAUGAUGAACAUGAUUGCCGGAGGAGCUGCUGCCCGUCCUUUUGUGACUUAUCAUAAUGAACUAAACAUGAGGCUGUUCAUGCGUAUUGCUCCUGAACUUUACCUGAAGGAGCUGGUUGUUGGAGGAUUGGACCGUGUUUAUGAGAUAGGAAAGCAAUUUAGAAAUGAAGGAAUAGAUUUGACUCAUAAUCCUGAGUUCACUACUUGCGAGUUCUAUAUGGCUUUUGCAGACUAUAAUGAUUUAAUGGAGCUCACCGAGAAAAUGCUUAGUGGGAUGGUUAAAGAACUUACUGGUGGUUAUAAAAUUAAGUAUCAUGCAAAUGGACUUGACAACGAUCCAAUUGAGAUUGAUUUCACUCCCCCUUUCAGGAGGCUGGACAUGAUAGAGGGGUUGGAGAAGAUGGCUAAUCUUGACAUUCCAAAGGAUCUGUCGAGUGUUGAAGCUAACAAGUACUUGGCGGAUGCUUGUGUUAGGUUUGAUGUCAAGUGUCCUCCUCCUCAAACAACAACUCGUUUGUUGGACAAGCUUGUGGGGCACUUCUUGGAAGAGACCUGUGUGAAUCCUACUUUCAUCAUCAAUCAUCCUGAGAUCAUGAGUCCCUUGGCAAAGUGGCAUAGAUCGAAGCCAGGCCUGACUGAAAGAUUCGAGUUGUUUGUUAACAAGCGCGAACUUUGCAAUGCAUAUACCGAAUUGAAUGACCCUGUAGUACAGCGGGAGCGAUUUGCCGAACAACUCAAGGAUAGGCAAUCGGGAGAUGAUGAAGCCAUGGCUUUGGAUGAAAUGUUCUGUGCCGCACUUGAGUAUGGUUUGCCUCCAACUGGCGGCUGGGGGAUGGGUAUUGAUAGGCUUGCCAUGCUUUUGACCGACUCACAGAAUAUUAAGGAAGUACUCCUCUUUCCGGCUAUGAAACCACAAGACGAGCCUCCGGCCAAAGCUCCGUCGUCUUAGGGAUGUUGACAUGCUUAAAAUGUGGAACAUUUCUGGUGUUUCAUCCAUGCGAGUGGAAAGCACCAUCCCCAUAGAAUCAUAGCCAGUGCCUCGCGCUAUGACCCAAAACUACCAGGGUAUCUACAUUACUUUUUAAGUGCAAAUUGAAAGUACUGUUACUGAUAAGCCAGCCAUAGGGAUGUGGAGGCAUACUUUGUUGGAACA